GGGCUGGGGGCGAGUUGGGGCUGCGCUUCCCUUUUCUUCGGGAUAUCCCUGGAUUCGGGGUUUCCCGGGAAUUCUCCCCUGGUGGUUCCUCAUCCUGAGAGUGAAGCACGGAAAAACACUCUAUAACCCACAAAAGAAGUUAUAAGAGUAGGGCACGCCCCAAUUUCACCUAAUUUCAACAGCCCUCCAGAAUCCAUGGAUUCCCUUGUUUUCCUCUGCGCCCGCCGUGUAGUCACCCAGGGCCCUUUUCCUGCCCUUCCCAAAGAUCUCUAUCCCAUCCUUUUCAAAGCGGCAUUCCUGGAUGGAAGACCUCUGGUCCUGCGGGAUUUUGUGGCUUCUUGGCCUUUCCCAGAGCUCAACUUCCAGCGGCUCGUGGGGCAUCGGGAGCUGCUCCAGGAGCACGACUGCCAGCUCUGCGAGGCCAUCAUCCAGGGUGUGGUGUCGCAGCUGCAGCGGGAGCUGGAAGAGCCCAGUCGCAAUUUCAGCCUGCGCAUGCUGGACAUGACCGGACUCUCAGAUUCUGUGACUAGCCACACCGAGAUUUUUGCCAGUGCUUGUGUGGAGGCAUCCAUGAACCAGCAGGAAUUCCAGAGGGACAGACCUGAGCAGCACGAAGGCGGCUCCGGAGCUGGCACAUCCGUGGUCUCUCCGCAGCCCCCAGGUGUGGAUAUCCACACAGACCUGUUUGUCAGUGAAAUGUCCUACGAUAUCCUGUGCGAUGCGCUCCAGACCGGAGCCGCCAGCCCACUGCGCCUCAAGUGCCGCGAAUUCACAGCAAUGAACAUCUGUGUAGCCGAGAUUGUGACUUUGUUGGAAUCUCUGGAUCCAUCCUUUCUACGGAGCGUUGUACUGUUCUACAAUAGUUUGGAAUUGACCGGGCUCUCGGUGAUCCUUCCUUACCUCUCGCGCUUCCCGGAGCUGCGCAGCCUCAAGGUCCAGUGCAACGACGUGGACGUUCGGCACCUGACGCCCAAAUCAGGAAUGACAAUCCGCAACGUGGCCAGGCAGCUGGGAAUGCUGCCCAGCCUCCGGGAACUCAGCCUGGAAUACAGCCAGCUCUCUGGGAAUCUGUGCCAGAUCCUCUGCGACCUCCAGACUCCGUUGGAAAGCUUGGAAUUGGGCUACUGCUCCCUCCUUCCUGCCGAUCUCGCCUUCCUCUCCCAAAGCUGCCACGCUCCGGCCCUCAAAAGGUUGGAUCUGAGCGGCCACGACAUCUCCCAAGGCCUCCUGGAGCCGCUCCGGCUGCUCCUGGAGGAAACCUCAUCCUCGCUGUUGCAUUUGGAUCUCAUGGAUUGCCACGUGGCCGACUCCCACCUGGAUGCGCUGCUCCCGAUGCUCCUGCGCUGCUCCCGCCUGCGCGUCCUAAAUCUCCAUGGCAAUUCCCUGUCCACGGCCGCGAUCAAGGAUCUGCUCCAGAGAACCUUGGAGCUGCCGGAUCUCCACCUGGUCGUGUAUCCCUACCCCGAGGAUUGCUACAAGCCAGGGCCGCCGAACUCUGGUUGGGAUUUUGUAAAGGAUGAGGAGCUUUUUGCGGCGGCCAAGGCAGAGUUUUCCCAAAUCUUGGAGAAUUCUGGGAGAACCAACCUCAUUUGGACUGACAGUCUUGACGGCCACGAAGCCCCGGACUUCUUGUGAUUUGGGAAAAGCUUGGAGACAGGAAAAGUUCAGAGCCUCCACUGAAGAAAAGCACUGUCUCCUUCCUGAAACCCGGGUGUUUUCUGCCUCAUCCUGAUGCUUUUCUGCCUCAUUUCAGUGGUUUUUUUCCUUUUCUUUGGGUGCUUUUCUGUCUGCUUUUGCUAAUAUUCCACCUCAUCCUGAUGCUUUUCAGCCCCAUCCCGAUACUUUUCCGUGGUUUUGUAGUUUUUCUGACACGUUUUGCCGUUUUUCUUCCCCAUCCCAAUACUUUUCUUCUUCUUCCGAUAUUUUCCCCCUCAUCCCAGUAUUUUUCUGCCGCAUCCCAGUCAUUUUUCCCCCAAUUCAUUAUUUUUCAAGCCAGUCCAAGUGCUUUUUCUAGCCCAUUGUGGUAUUUUUCUGCCUCAUCCCAGCAUUUUUCUAUCUUAUUUCAUGAUUUUUCCAGCUCAUCCCAGUGUUUCUUCCAUCAGGAUUGGCUUUGCACGGCCAAAUACCAGGAGGCUCAAAAGCUGGAUUCCAUGGGAAGCUGCCGGGAGCUU